CUGUUAUUGAUUUAUUUAAAGUAACAUACAUCAGCGAAUUUUAGAAUUUUAUGCAAAUCAAAAUCUGUCGAAAUAAAAUUAUGACAGUGGAAAAUGUUUAAUCGCUCCAAGUUGCCUGCACUGCAUCAACUAUACAUGAUACAUAGUUUCUCGGCUAUUUUACAUAAAAGAAAACGUUUGUCAUGCCGUUACAAGUUCACGAUGUUCAGCAAAAUGUUGUGGAGCCUAUGCAAGUUGAUGCUCCUGCAGAAGAUAAUGAUAAUGCAGAAGAAGAACCAUAUAUUGUGGAAAAUCCAACAUUGGACUUGGAAGUUUAUGCCAAUAGCUACAAUGGACUUGCUAAACUAUACAGGCUUAUAUACAUAGCUGACCAUUGUCCAAUGUUAAGAAUAGAAGCACUUAAGAUGGCUAUAUCGUAUGUGAUGACAACAUAUAAUGUUUCUUUGUAUGUCAUAUUACACAAAAAAUUAGUGCAAGCUGUAGGCACACCUGGAUUGCCAGAUGUUGCAGCACAGUCAACAUCUCAAGAUAUGUUAACUUUAGACCAGGCUUGGGUUGAAACACGUUCAAAAAAGGCUGCUUUAAAACUAGAGAAAUUUGAUACAGAUCUUAAAAAUUAUAGAAGUAAUUCAAUUAAAGAAAGUAUCAGAAGAGGUCAUGACGAUUUAGGAGAUCAUUAUCUAGAUUGUGGGGACCUCGUCCAUGCCUUAAAAUGUUAUUCUAGAGCAAGGGAUUAUUGCACUAGUGGGAAACAUAUUGUUAAUAUGUGUCUAAAUGUUAUUAAAGUUUCCGUUUAUUUGCAAAAUUGGGCUCAUGUACUGAGCUAUGUAACAAAGGCAGAAAGUACACCAGAUUUUUCUGAUGUUCAUGGCAAAGAUAACAAUCAGUCUAUAGUUACAAAAUUAAAAGUUGCAGCUGGUCUAGCAGAACUAGCAACCAGAAAAUACAAAAUGGCUGCAAGACACUUUUUACAAGCAUCAUUGGAUCAUUGCGAUUGCCUUGAAUUGUUGUCUCCUGGAAAUGUUGCUUUGUAUGGAGGACUCUGUGCUUUGGCAACGUUUGACAGGCAUGAAUUACAAAAACAAGUCAUUUUUAGCAGUUCCUUUAAGUUGUUUCUAGAAUUGGAACCACAGUUAAGAGAUAUCAUUUUCAAAUUUUACGAGUCGAAAUAUGCAUCCUGCUUAAAAUUGCUAGACGAAAUUAAGGAUAAUAUACUUCUGGAUAUGUACAUAGCACCACACGUUAAUGUUUUAUAUACACAAAUUCGGAAUAGGGCAUUAAUACAAUAUUUUAGUCCAUACUUAAGUGCAGAUAUGAGACGUAUGGCAACUGCUUUUAACAGAACAGUUUCAGAAUUGGAAGAUGAGCUUAUGCAAUUAAUUCUCGAUGGUCAGAUACAAGCUCGUAUAGAUUCUCAUAAUAAGAUUCUAUAUGCAAAGGAUGUCGAUCAACGUAGUACAACUUUCGAGAAAUCUAUGAGCGUCGGAAAAGAAUAUCAGAGACGUACGCGCAUGUUAAUCUUAAGGGCUGCGAUGUUGAAGCAACAGAUUCAAGUUAAAAGUCCACAGCGUGAUAAUACUCAAGGGGGAGAAAUGUCAGUUACCUGGAAGCAAUAGUUCAGUGAUGAACUGCCAUGGUCAGUAAGAUUUGAAAAAGUACUUCGAUACCAUAUUGGAUAUAUUAUUAAUAAAUAUUUGAGAUGCUGAUACUGAAUUUGAAUCUUCGAUAGAUGUUACGGAAUGUGUAUAUAAUACAUUACACUAUAAGCAAAAACAAAGCUAGUAUUUUCAAAAAUGUGUUAAUUACACGUAUGAACAAAUCUUUGAUAAUAUAUAAUGUACACUAAAGACUUUAUUAUCAAUAAAUAUAUGAAUACCUUUUUUCAUGCACAAA